AUGUCGACGCCCCAAGCCAUGCUGCGUCUGGGUAGCAAGAAGGCGCUGAGCGCUGCUGCUCGCCCUGCCCGGAACACCGCUUUGCGCUCCUUCAGCACAUCCACCCCUCGCGCAGCUGGGGAAGACCAACGCACUGCUAAACCAGAUCUGCUGUCUGAGUUGCGCAAGGCUCCAAGACCUCCUAUGGGACAGCUCUCCGCCCCCGUCGUGGACGAAUCCUCCAAACACAGAGAGAAGUCUCUACCUCUCCAUCAGUACGGCCAGUACUUGAUGUCAUGUAUGCCCAAAUACAUCCAGCAGUUUUCGGUCUGGAAAGAUGAGCUCUGCAUCUAUAUCACACCCACCGGCGUCUUGCCCGUUUUCUCGUUUCUUAAGAACCAUACGGCUGCGGAAUACACUAUGGUAGCGGAUAUCACAGCGGUCGACUUUCCCACCAAAGACUAUCGCUUUGAGAUCGUCUACAACUUGCUUUCUGUCCGACACAAUAGCAGGAUACGCGUGAAGACAUACGCUGACGAAGCCACGCCUGUCCCAUCUAUCACGCCGCUCUACGACGGUGCCAACUGGUAUGAACGCGAAGUCUAUGACCUGUUUGGCGUCUUCUUCACCGGCCAUCCCGAUCUCAGACGCAUUAUGACGGACUAUGGCUUUGAUGGUCACCCUUUGCGCAAGGACUUCCCACUCACUGGCUACACCGAAAUUCGGUAUGAUGAAGAGAAGAAACGCAUUGUGGUGGAGCCACUGGAAAUGAGCCAAGCUUGGAGGAACUUUGAGGGCGGCUCCAGCGCAUGGGAGCAAGUCGGUGUCGGUACCAACCAGACUCCAGAGCAGUUCAAGCUGCCUACUCCCCCUCCUGAGCCGAAGAAGGAAGAGGAGAAGAAGUAA